AUGACUUCGGCAUCAUUGAAAAAUGACUUAUCUAAGGAGUUAGAAAGAAGUAGCAGAUCCACUUAUAUAGGUCUGCUAAAGGCAGAUCUAGAACUUGAGGACUGGACUACGGACAAGUCCUGCUACAACCAACUCCAGACGACCUUCGAUAACGCCCUCAAUUUCACACUAUGGGCUACUUGGAUUGUAGACUCUAUACAACUCCCAGUGGGUGCGCUCUAUGGUUCAAAAUAUCAUCUCGGAAACUACGACGAAUGUCUCAAACCUGUGUGGAUCCCAAAUCUUGGGCUCAAGACGAAGUAUUGUCUGGCUGAUGUCAGGUUGACGAAUGCUACGCCUUCGAAGUGGAAGGAUGAACUGGACCCGAGGGAAUCGGCUGAAAAGUACAUAAGUACUUUAACAAAACACUCGCGAGUUUUAACUACGAUCACGUGGGGAGUAUGCAUACCGGCAGUCUGUCAACCUCAAUCUGUCUCUAAGCUCUUUAGGAUUCUGCUGCAAAAUAGUCAUCUUCAGCCAAUGGCCGCAGAUGCUGUAAUAACUGUUGAUAAGUGUGAGGAAACCGGUGCGGAAUAUGUGUAUCCUUUGGGUGUUCGUGUUUUUUGGUACCUUUUAAUAUCGUUGUUCGUGACAGCUCUCUUUUCUACUUACUACAUGGCUAAACUGGGCAACAAACCAGCAGAUAAUUUAGCAUCAAAAAUUGCCAAGUCAUUUUGCAUAAAGAAGAACGGUCUCGACCUAGUAAAGAAGAUUGAAGAUGACAUUCCCGUUGUUCACGGCAUGAGAACUUUGACUGCUUUGAUAUUCACCUUUCAACACGAGGUAUUUUUCAGGAACUCAGGUCCUAUGCUUAAUGGAUUGGAUGUCGACAGGCAUAUGGACUUCGGUUCCGUAACGAUGCACUCGGAUCUUCUGACUGACACUUGUCUAAUGAUGUCAGGCAUGUUACUUGCUAAAGGACUUAUAGACAAGCGAGGCAAACCUGAAAAUCUGUUUACGAAUUUAUGGAAGCGAUAUGUAAGAUUAAUACCAUCAAUAGCCAUAGUAGUAUUUUACCUAAGUUCUGUGUCAAUACACGCCGGCAGUGGCCCCAUUUGGAACAGACUUGCUGGCCAUGAAGCGAGAAUGUGCCAGAAAAAUGGCUGGCUCAAUUUGUUGCUGUUGAAUAAUUAUAUUAAUAGUGAUGAAAUGUGCUACAUAAUCCUUUGGUAUGUACCAGCGGACUUCCAAUUAACCAUAUUAGGGCUGGUAUUAUUUUACAUCUACCACCACAACCAACGACUCGGAAAGGUGGUCAUUAUUGGUGUCAGUGUAUUAGCAAUAGUGCUACCAGGUCUGGUGACCUAUUUGUAUGAAUUACCGGCGACUAUUAUUUAUGACAUUGGAACAAUGAUAAACAUCCGCUCCAAUGCCGUAUUCAAUAGCACCUACAUCAGAAGCCACCACCGAGCAACCAGCUACCUCCUCGGUAUGGGGUUGGGCUACGUGCUCUCGGUCUAUAAGCCUUCCAACUAUGGAAAAGUUAUUUCAAAGAAAACCAGCAUAAUAAUUUUCGUAAAUCUAUGCAUAUUAGCCUUAGGAACUAUGGCGCUCGGUGGAGUAUUUUACACCAGAGAAUACAACGCGUUUGAAGCAGCCGCUUACGCUGCCAGUAACAGGGUUAUGUGGGUGGUCGUUAUGGCUGUGUUUGUUAUUAUUUGCGAGUAUGGGGAACUGCCGCUUGUAAAUGGAUUUAUGAGUUGGUCCGUGUUCGUUCCACUGAGUCGACUCUCUUAUGGGCUCUACCUGACUCACACAGCUGUAAUACUACGCAAUGUGUAUGCUGCGCGAGCACCAUCAAGGCAGGAUCUUUUUACAAUGUUUACUAACUCCCUUGGCGUAGCCGCAUUCUCAUAUAUGCUCAGUCUUCUGAUGUGGCUGCUUAUUCAGGCGCCAGUCUCCGGUAUUUUAAAUGCUGUUAUGAGUUCCAGAAAAUGUACAAAUACCAGCAAGUUGCAAGAAAACACAAGCCUCCAACUAAAAAGUGAACAAAACGGUAGCAAUAAAAGCAAAAUAUUGUGACGGAAAUAAUAGUAACUAAACUGUGUUGUUU